UGUGUGUGUGUGUGUGUGUGUUUGGGCAGGGCUGCAGUGAAGCGCAGCUGAUGUGUGUGAUUCUCUGUCAGACGCGAUUGUGUUUCGGAUCUUCCUGUGUUUCGGUGGAAAUCGGUGAGAUAUUUUGAGCAUAUGAUUUCAUCCGUACGUGUUGAUGACAGAACCGCCUUUAUCUUUUAUUCAUUCGUGCGGACCGCAGAGAUUUGCACCGGGACUGACAUUAUGCGCUCGGUAACCGGGUGAUGCUGAUGCUGACAUCUUCCAUCAUCCAUCUGCUUUAACGGAACUACCGCGCUCAUUCCCGAUCCAUUCAUCUCGCAGACGGCUUCGACAUGUCCAUGAAAGCGAAAAACGGAGAAACGGUGAAGGUGGUGGUUCGGUGUCGCCCGCUCAACCGUAAAGAGGAAUCGAUGGGGUACGAGAAUAUCGUGCAGAUGGAUGUGAAACUGGGCCAGGUGGCCCUGCGGAACCCCAAGGCGGGUCUGGGAGAGCUGCUCAAGACCUUCACGUUCGACGCGGUUUACGACGCGUGUUCCAAACAGAGCGACCUGUACGACGAGACGGUGCGGCCGCUCAUCGACUCUGUUUUGCGCGGCUUUAACGGCACCAUCUUCGCGUAUGGACAAACGGGAACCGGGAAGACGUACACCAUGCAAGGCCAGUGGCUUGACGCCGAGCGCCGCGGCAUCAUCCCAAACUCGUUCGAGCACAUCUUUACGCACAUCUCGCGCUCUCAGAACCAGCAGUAUCUGGUCCGGGCCUCUUAUUUGGAGAUCUACCAGGAGGAGAUCCGAGACCUGCUCACCAAAGACCACAGCAAGAAGCUGGAGCUGAAGGAGAGCGCCGACUCAGGGGUCUACAUAAAAGAUCUGUCCUCCUUCGUCACCAAGAACGUGAAGGAGAUCGAGCAUGUGAUGAACGUUGGGAACCAAACCAGAUCGGUGGGUUUUACCAAUAUGAAUGAGCACAGCUCAAGGUCUCAUGCUAUCUUUAUCAUCACGGUGGAGUGCAGCCAGCUCGGGCCGGAUGGACAGAACCAUAUCCGCGUAGGCAAACUCAAUUUGGUUGACCUGGCUGGGAGCGAGCGCCAGACCAAGACUGGCGUACAAGGAGAACGUCUGAAGGAGGCCACCAAGAUCAACCUGUCUCUCUCAGCUCUGGGAAACGUAAUCUCUGCGUUGGUGGACGGGCGAAGUUCUCACGUUCCCUACCGUGACUCUAAACUCACGCGCUUGCUGCAGGACUCACUGGGCGGGAACGCCAAGACCAUCAUGGUGGCCACGUUGGGACCGGCCUCCUACAAUUACGAGGAGACCCUGACCACCCUGCGUUACGCCAACCGCGCCAAGAACAUCAAGAACAAGCCUCGCGUCAACGAAGACCCCAAAGACGCCCUCCUCAGGGAGUUCCAGGAGGAGAUCGCCCGGCUGAAAGCGCAGCUGGAUAAACGCGGCAUGCUCACCAAGAGGAAGAGGAGGAGCAGGAGACUGAGGAAGAUCGGAGAUGGCGGCGAGGUAGAAGAGGGAGAAGAGGAUGAUGGCGAGGAUGAAGAGGAGGAGGAGGAGGAGAGCGUGGAGAAGGAGGCGCAGGAGUACAUGAAGGAGCAGCAGGAGAAGCUGGAGAGGGAGAAGGAGGCCAUCAGAGAUGACCAUUCUCUGGUGGCCGAGGAGAAACAGAGGCUCCUGGAGGAGAAGGAGAGGAUGAUGAGACAUCUGAAGAAGGAGCAGGAGGCCACUGAACUCCUCACAGCCAAGUUUAAGGCGAUGGAGAGCAAGCUGCUGGUUGGUGGGAAGAACAUUAUUGAUCACACUAAUGAGCAACAGAAGAUGCUCGAACUGAAAAGACACGAGAUUGCAGAACAGACACGCAGAGAGAGAGAAAUACAGCAGCAAGUGCUGGCUCAGGAUGAGGAGACACUAGAACUCAGAGAAACGUUCUCCUCACUGCAACAGGAAGUGGAAGCAAAGACCAAGAAACUCAAAAAGUACAAGAAGCUGUAUGCGAAGCUCCAGUCUCUGAAGGCUGACAUUCAGGAUGUGAAUGAUGAGCACGUGAGGAGCCGGCAGGAGCUGGAGCAAACACAGAACGAACUGACCAGAGAACUCAAAUUCAAAUACCUGAUUAUAGAGAACUUUAUACCUCCCGAAGAGAAGAAUAAAAUCAUGAACAGACUUCAGUUUGAUGCUGAGGAAGACCAGUGGAAGUUUCAGCCUCUCGUUCCAGCAGAGAAUAAAUUCACACAGAUGAAAAGAAGACCCGCCUCCGCCGUGGGAUACAAGCGACCAAUCAGCCAGUACGCCAGGGUUGCCAUAGCGAUGGGAGCUCAUUCCAGAUACAGGGCGGAGAAUAUAAUGGUUCUGGAACUGGACAUGACUCCACCUGUUGUGUUUCAACUGGACCUCCCGAGGUCUGGAUCAGAGGGGGAACCGUCCCGAGACGUUCUGUUAGACAACACCAGUUACAGAGAGAAAUCAGCAGCCGGACGGGUCAGAAAAUCUCAGUCAUGGUGUCAGUCUCAGCAAGUCAUUUCCUCCUCAAGCUCCGCCCUCUCUCUGGCAUCCUCAGGGUCCCACAGCUUGCCACACCCACAGAACAUCACCAUGGCAACAGCCCAAGAAUGAUACUUGGACGUACUAUAUUCCCGCCCCCGUCAAGGGAUAAACAAUAGUCAAUCAAUCCUUCACGGACCGAGGAAGAAGGGGGGAGAUGAUCAAACCUUCAACCAGAAGAAAUCCUGCCUGUGAUCUGAUGAAGCAGGACAAAACGGGAACGCGGGAGUAGACCCACCAACAUUAGUAACAUGAUUCGCCCUUUCUCUCUCUCUCUCUUGCUCUCUGCUCCUCAGGACAGUGGAGACACUUUGAUAACUGCCAUCAACAGCACUGAAUAACAUCGCCUCACUCGACACCCGAGGCUGGUUGAGCUAGUUAUUUUAAUUCAUUUUGCUGCUUCCAAAACCGUCUGUCGACCUCAGUGUGUUCGUACUGACCCGCACGGGUCCGAUCCAGGAGUAGAGCCGCACGCACCUCGAAUGAUGGGAGCCAGAACGGACGGGGCUUUGCGAUCGCUCACCCUGAGCUUUCAAGACGAGAGCUGAGAGGGACGUCUCUCUUUCUAUCUGCAUGUCUUACUGUAUGUGUGUGUCUUUGUGAUUCUGAUCAGGGUUCUGGACGGGAGGCCGGGGCGGCUGAUUGGCUGGAGGAAGGAUCGACAGGGUUCCCACGGGGUCGUGGAAAAACCAGGCUGGAAAAUACAAUAGUUAAUAGAAAGUUAGUUGUGGAGAUGUAAUUUAAGCAGUUUUGAAAUAUGUAUACACAUAAUAUAAAUAAAUAUAAAAACAUUAAAACAGAAUGUAUUAUAAAACAAUGACAAUAUUUCAAAAACG